AUGAUCGAUGCAAUAAAGAAGUUGGUAAAAUUUAACUUCGAAUUAACAGCCGAAGAGCGUAAUCUCCUUUCAACAGCAUACAAGAAGGUUAUCGAGCCAAAGAGAGAAUCAUGGAAACUUCUCUCAACAACUGAGCAGAAGGAGGAUACAAUAUACAAAAACGAGUUGUACAUGAAGUGUAUUCAAGAUUAUCGUAAUAUAGUCCAGUCGGAUCUUGUUAACAUUUGCUACGACGUUAUAACUCUAAUUGAUGACCACCUCCUUCCUUUCGUGUCUGGCACUGAAUCCUCCGUCUUUUACUUAAAGAUGAAAGCGGAUUAUUACCGAUAUAUGGCCGAAAUCAAAACUGGUGAUGCAAAAUCAUUAGUCGCUGAAGAGUCGUUGAGAACAUAUAAGGAAGCAAUGACCAUAGCAGUGGCUCAAUUUUCACCUAUUCAUUCAACACGCUUAGGCUUGGCAUUAAAUUUUGCAGUAUUUUACUAUGAGGUUUCAAAUUCUUAUCAAAGGUACUUACAUAAUAAAUUCAUAAUCUUACAAUUUCUCUAUGAGCAUGUUUGUUAUAAAAUCUUAUAAUUGCAUUGUUACUUAUACAUAUUUUUUUUUUUAUUUUAGGGCAUAUCGCUUGGCGAAGGAAGCUUUUGUAAACGCUAUGUUAGAGUUGGAUAAUUUAGGCAGAAGGGCUCUCUCGAAAGAUAGCAAGGUUAUCCUGAAUCUUUUGAGGGAUAACCUUUUACUAUGGGAGGGCGAGAAUGAUAAAAGAAACCUUUGAAGCAUUCAUGAACAUUUGAAUUUUUUUUUGUUCUUUUUUUUUUGAGAACUGAAACAUUUAUUUUGUAUUAAAAUAGCUUGAGAAUAUUAUUUGAAAUAUUUCUAAUUUUAUUUUAUGUAUUUACAUAAAGAAAAGUGUCAUUAUCAAUUGAUAUAUUAAAAGUUAAGAAUGGAUUGUUUUUCCUUCAAAAGAGAAUGGAUUGUUUUAAUGACUAGGUAUUUAUUAAAAAGAUUAAUCUAGAAAAAUCUAGGAAGUAAUUAUAUGUUUUUUUCAAAAUAAAUAAAUAAAUUAAAUUUUAGGAUUUCUAAUGUAUGGGCGUGUUUGGCAAAAAUGUAGCGGUUAGUUGUUAGACUAGUUGUUAGCUGUAUGUGUAGCUAUUAGCUGUCAACUAGCUGUUAGUUGUGAAAAAAAAAAAAAAUUAAGCAUGAGUGUUUGGAAAUUAGUUGUUGACUAGCUACUACUCCGUAGCCGUGAAAUUCUAAAGUAUAGAAGAAAAAUUUCAACAAUUACCUAGCUUUUCACAAAAGCUAAUUAUAUUAACUUUUUACAAAAGCUACUCCAACCACUAAACUCUACUCCCAUCACUAC